AAGGAAGAAGCGUUCCGUCUGUUAUGUAUUGGUAUGGUGUGUCGAUCAUUUUUACAGACCAUAAACACUACUCUGAUACGAGGCACUGGCACUCACCGUAAAUUCAGCAUUUGCCGACUGGCUAAAGAGCCACACUCCGCCACUGUAGUAGUGGCUUGCUACGGUGUUUUGCGCCGUCGCUCCCUAGCCUCGCUGAGUGGCAAACUAUCUUGGAUCGAGAGUCCGGAUCGAUAAAGUCUGGAGAACCUACUAAAUCCUCAACAGUAGAAGCAGUCUAAAUCAGUUAUCCUGCCAAAUCGACACGAGAUGGAUAGGCAACAUACACAGGUACUGAGAAAACGGCGCUUGGAGCUGCUGGAUAUUAGCCCGUCGGAUAAUGUGCUCGACGGUUUACUGAGCCUGGGCAUACUUGCGCAGAACGAAUAUGACGAUAUCAAUCAUCACCACACAGCCAAGAAACAGGCACAGAUGCUGCUGGGUAUCGUACCGCGCAAGGGCAAACGGGCAUUUGCUGCUCUGAUCGAGUCGCUGGAAGGCUCCGAUUCUGAGGCGCAUCACGACUUGGCUGAAAUGCUACGGAACGAUGCGGCUGCUGUCAAUGCCCCUAUUGAAACAGAUGGGCCAGCGCCGUUGAAACCAUCUACUGGAUCGUCCUCAUCAAAACCAGCUGCUGCGUCAGCAUCGGCGUCCGCAGCUGCUGAUGGUGGCGCCCCGUCAUUCCAUAGUAUGACGAGCCAUGCAGACACAAGCCCGCCGGAGGAUACAUACACAAUAGUGGCAGCACCAUCAAGUGUGGGCAUGAUCGUCGGCGGUGGUGGCACGGCUGAAGACCAGGAGGAUUUUGAUCUGAUCUACCCGAUGGCACACUCCAAGCACGGCCUGGCGCUGAUCAUCAACAACAGGAACUUCACGUGCGGAAUGAAGGACCGCGCUGGCUCGGACGUGGACGCAAAGGCCCUGGCGUCGACGUACAAACAUCUGGGAUUCACCGUGCACACCCUCACCAACCAGACUGGGCAGCAGAUCCGUGACAAUCUCUAUUCGCUGGCCACGCAUAACCAUACGAACUAUGACGCCGUAAUCAUAACGAUUCUCAGCCAUGGCCUCGAAGGCAAGCUCUACGGCACUGACGGUGAUUUGGUGGAAGUGUCACAAAUCACGUCCUACUACAAAGGUGACGUGGCCACCACACUUGUGGGCAAACCGAAGAUCUUCAUCCUGCAAGCAUGUCGAGGUGCAACGUUUGAUGCUGGUCUCGAGUCUACGGAUAGCCCAGCAGAUUCGUCGGCGACUGAUGAAUCUCAACUCACCGAUGAAGAAGUAUUUCGGAAGUUCCUCGACUCCGUGCCGGCGAAUUCGAAAAGCCCGGAAGAAGAGACGGAUGGUCACUUGGGGUCGCUUCCGGUCGAGGCGGACAUGCUGAUAGCGUAUGCCACUGUGCCUGGUUAUGUGUCAUGGAGGAAUAGCGAACGUGGCUCAUGGUUCAUCCAGGCCUUGGUUAAGGUACUCAAUGAGCGUGCCAAGAAAGAGCACUUGAUGGACAUGCUGAUAAUGGUCAAUCACCUUGUGGCUACCGAGUUCCAAUCCAAGGGACGGCAGAAGCAGAUGCCUGCGCCCGUGUCUCAACUCCGGAAGAAGCUCUUCUUCACCUAAGCGGCUUGUGGUAGAGUGAGUACACGGUGGCAAUCAUGAGUGCACAUGACCUGUCAAUCGGUAUACGUGAGUUGAGUCUGCUGCCACUACUGCGUGUGUGUGCGGGCCACAGUGGUGGCUAGUGAACUAUAAUUUUAGGUUAAUUUUUACUAGGCUUUCCGCCGAUUUACAUUUACUCUUUACGAUGGCAAGCUGCCAGGAGAACUUUUCAAUGGCGUACAUUUUGAUCCGAUCUGUUAUCUGCUGGUUGAUCCGGUUUUCAAUUGUUUCCUAUUUUAUUGUUCCAAAUUAGUGCGAUAUUUGUACCUUUGCUUCGGGAUAUAUGCUGAGAUAGUUGUGAACAUUGAUGGCGUGUGAAAACAUGAGGAGAACUGGUGGAAAUGUGUGGACUGUGAGCAGUUUUUGAGCGACUCGUUGUGCUGGACAGGACCACUCUGCUCGGCUACACUGACUUUUGCUCUCACUAGUGUCUGUAGUGCCGAACUGUGGAUAAUUGCUUUGCCUGUAGUGUAGCUACAAGAGCUAUAAGAAUUGAUCAGGGCUCUUCUUUUCAGUUGUGCUGUAAACAUGUUACACGGAGCAUUUUCCGAUUUGCACAUACAUAUGUUUGCAACUUGCAAGUGUACAAUUCAAGUUCAGGUUUUCUGCACAAAGUUUUAAAAAAAUGGCGCAAUGAUUUCUUCGCAGUGAUUCGACUCUACUGCUUUUAAAGCUUUGACGUACUGUUAUAAUAAUAAUAAUUAUAAUGAUUCCUGAA